AUGUACGGCUCGAAUCAACACGACUCGCAGCCCGAAUGGCGGCUGCCUGCACCUCCACACCGUCCCGUGGGACAAUUCGAUGUCCCUCCACCGCAACCGCCUCGGCCUCAGGUCGCUUCGUAUAGCCCUGCAACGUAUGGCCAGAUCUCAGGUCUACCAAACCCCAGUACAUCGCCAGUGUCUGGAUCCGCAGACUCAAGAACGUGGGGCGUGCGAUACAACAAUCAACAACAGGUGCACCCGGUCUACGCCCCGCCGCCUUUGCCACCUCGACCAUCUAGUACAAAUGAGCAGCCGUUUGCCUAUGCGCAGUCGAAAACCCCGGAGCAGCCACCGCCCCUUAACACCAGCAUUUCACCUCCGCCUCCAGGCCAUGAUUGCGAAUCGUUCACCGAAGCUCAGCCUUCAUUUGCUUCAAAUAUUCCGCCGCCAUAUGUGCCCCCGCCUGCGCCAGUACCGGCACUUAGUGGUGUGCCGCCUCCGCCUCCAAAGAUCCCGCAGAAUUCUCACCCAGCGGCGCAACAGGCCAGUCAACCUGUGCGGCCACCACUUCUUGCGCAAGGUGUAGGCCCGGCGGCCACACUAGGCUCCUAUGGAUUCCGGACGAAUACCAACUCGGCCUCAACGGGUCCAUCAGCUUUGGGAACUGGCACGCCUUCUGACUGGGAGCAUUUGGGUCACAGUACAGCUGACUUUGACGAUGCGCCCUGGUUCCCAGAUAGGCCACCGGCACACCAAACACAGGAUUCUGUUUAUAAUUCGCCGACUUACGGUACUGGAAUGCAACCCCAGACUUUGAAUAACACGGCUACGCCUCCCCCUCAUAUGGACCCAAACCAGCCGACUCGCCCUUCCUCGAGUUUUCCUUCUCGCCCAGACACUAUGAAACGGAAUGAUUCCAUUUCGCCUAUCAGUCCUGGAACAAAGUUAGGAAGCCAGCCAUUCAACCCUACGGUUCCAACAAUGAUGGGUCAUCAGUCAUUUACUCCUCCGCCCCGCGUGGACAGCGUGAGCUCUGCCAGCUCGUUUGAAGAUCAUGCGGAAAGUAUUGAUAAUGUCAUUGAUGCGUGGGUUCAGCCGCUGUCGACUGCGCCUAAGCUGGCUCAGCAAGCUCAACCAGCCCAGCAGAUUCAGCCAAUUCAGUCUGAACGUGCGGAUUCCACUUCGCGGCCUUCUCCCACGUCCCAGAGCAACAGAAGUACUCCAGUCGGAACCUCGAGCCCCAUUCAAAGCAACCCAUCUGUUGCCCAGGAUCCAGGAGUCGCAAGUCCGGCGGUGCCAACUCCACUCUCGUUUCAGGGAGUUACCCCAGCUACUAAAACCCCUGAUCCAUAUGAGGACCUCGACCCAUGGUCUAAAUCCUCUCUUACACGAUAUGUUGCGAUGCUGCGCAAGGAAGCUGUGGCUGACUCUGAUGAAGAGCGUUUCAAAAUCUUCAUAGCUUUCAUGGCCAAGGAGACCAAGCUUCGGGAGAUCCUCUAUAAUAUCGAGCACGACAAUCAAAACUCCACGACAGCUCCACAACCAUCUGUUCCGACGCCUAAGCGAACGCUUUCACGUCCUUCGGAACGAAAUUUGACGAUUGAAUCUGGCUUGAUUCCUGUGGAAUCGGAAGAAGUGCCGUCACCCGCGGCUACUACGGAAUACGGGGACGACAUCGAUGAUACGGCUAGCGAGUUCAGCUCUGGAGGGCGACCUAUCCAAGCCAAGCUAGCUCGCCGAGGGUCGCAAUGGCGGCCAAAACUUUCGACUCUUCCCGGUGGAGAAGAUUCAGCAAACAAUCUUUCAAGUAGCCCUUCGAGAAAAUUCUCCGUAGACGAAUCUGCGGAGAAGCAGGUUCUAGAGCCCCUGGUCUCGAAUCCCCCGCAGCCAAUUUACACUCCCUUUCAAUAUAUGGAAGGCCCGCAGCGCGGUUCGGACAACUUAACUUUCGCCCGCCCAGCAUAUGAGGCCUACUCUGAUCUAAGACAAUCAGCUGGCAGCGGACGCAUCAUGUCAAAUGCUCCAGCAAUCACGCACCAGUCAAGAUCGGGGACUGUGACCACCACCCCUGCUGCCGAUGAACAUGAUGAGACCUUCCUUGGUCUCAUUCGUCAUAAGAGCACGGCUUAUCGGGCAGUUGGUCGCCCGAGCACCACACCAGUUCCGCUCCUGCCAGAGUCUCUUCGGCAAGGACGACCAAAUACCUUGUUCGAAGAGCUGCGAUCGAUGGUCUGGAAGCCUUUAGAUAAGCCAUCCGAGAGCUCUUGGCAGAUUACGACCCGAGAGGGUCUUGUGAAAUUUCCGGAUAACUUCUCCUAUAUUCAAGAAACCGUUGAUAAAUGGAAUUUGUCUGCGAAAAAUCGUCGUCAUAGACUGGACGAGGAGCGCAUGGCUCGCCAAGAGGAGUCCGAGGAGCAGAUCGAUGAUCUUUUCAAUGGAAAGGAAAUUGGCUAUGCCGAUAUUAAUACGCUCGAAGAAGACUUCCGUCAAACUGAGGCUCGUAUUCAGCUGAGCGAGGAGCGUGAAGAAGUGGAAAAUUUCAUCGCUAAAGUCUUCAAUCCUCUGGAUGAGCGAUUGAAGGAUGAAAUUUCCGUACUUCGCAAGUCGUAUGAUUCCGCACUCAGCCAGCUGGAUAGGGACCAGAAGGAAAAGAACUCACCGACCGAGCAAUGCAGCCCAUCGGUGACAAUGAACCUGAUCAACGAUAUCCAUAGAAAGCUCGAGCUUCGCUUCCAGAAACGACUAGAACUUGCCCUGGACUGCGAGCGCCGUCGUAAGAAAGCCGAGCGUCGACCACUAGUGUUCAUGGGCGACAUGGCCAGCCUCCGAAAUCUAGAUGGAGACUUCAAUCGCAUGGAGAAACGGAACAUCCUAGAGGCUGCGAAAGACCGUGACGACCGAGCCAACCGACUCAUGGAUUCCUUCGACGAUGCAAUUCUUCACGGCCUAGGUAUUAACCAAGGCCUCCUGGACGAGCUCGCGAGCAAAACAGCCCGACUAGAUGCCACGAGCCUCCGCGCUUCCGGCCUACCGGAUACUGAAGUUGAACAGGUGCUCAAGUCGGCGGCGACCUUUGCUACGUCUCUUCAGACUGAUUCGGAGGCUAUCCUGCGCAGCUCGGGAAUUGCCGAUUUGGCACUCAAUGAAGCUGAUUACAACGUCGCCGUCGCUGAAGCGCGAUAUUCCAACUCCGAGCCGGAUAUCCUCCAGCGGCUUGAGAUUGAAAAGAAAAAAGAGGAUGAUAUUCUUCGGAAAGAUAUGGAUUCCAAGUUGGAGAGUAUCCAAAGGAGUCCUCGUGAAAUAGAGGGUACUAUCAAACGCCUUCUUGAAGACUUGAGCAAGACGCCCCGACCCCCAACUGUGGUGCCGACCUCGACCAUCGCAGAUGACUCUACUCCUGUGAAUGCGACAGCUGACGUUCCUCCGAUAAUUGUUCGGCCUCCCACUGCUGUGCCCACCCCACCUUCAGCUGCGGCGAGCCCGGCCCAAGACACAGAUGUGGAGCACAAAGAACGACUGCGCAGGGCACUGGAGGAAGCGAAGAAGCGCAACGCAGCCCGAGCCAACCACUAG